AUGGACUCUCCAAGGCCAGGAGUCGAUCUGGAGAAGGAGUUGACCUGCUCGAUCUGCACCGAGGUCCUCUACCAGCCCUUGACCCUCCUCGAUUGUCUGCACACAUUCUGCGGCUCCUGUCUCAAAGACUGGUUCAGCUGGCAGGCUACCAUCGCCGAGAACUCACCGGAUCCGCCGCCCGCCGGGACCAACGUCGCAACUUGCCCGUCAUGCCGCGCACCCGUCAGAGAUACCCGGCACAAUGCCACCGUUGCCACGCUGCUGGACAUGUUCCUAGCUGCCAACCCGGACAAGGCGAGGUCUGAGGAGGACAAGUUGGAGAUGCACGAAAAGUACCAACCCGGCGUCGAUGUGCUGCCGAAAGUCAGCACUGUGGAAAAGUCGCCCGAGGAGCAGCGCUUAGAGGAGCUGGAGUCGCAGAUGCUGGCACAGGCGCGGGAGAUGAGUCUACGAGCUUCGGGAGUAGGGGCCCCAGCGUCACCUCGGCCACAGCAGCAUAGGCACAGAAGGGAGCACCAGAUUCGACACUUGGACAGUAGCGACAGGUCGGACAGGGACAGCAGCCGGGACUCGAGACAUCGCGAUGCGCGACACCGGACCCGAAGAGAAGGGGAGCGGAGGCAGCGCGCCGUCUCAGAAAGCACACUGCAACCAUCCGAGGAGGGCAGGCAUCGGCGCAGUGAAUCACAGCAAAGGAGAUCGCGCGAUCCCUCGAGGACAAGGCGUGCUAGACCCAUCGAGCAUCAGUCGUCCAUCAGAUCCCUGAUCAGUUCGUCGAGUAUCGAUUCACUGGAUAUGGAAAGGGAGAUUGAAGAAUUUGCCCGUCAAAUACAGGAGGAGGGACUUUUGGACGGCCUGGAUCUGGACAAUUUGGACAUCACCCAGAAUGACGAGCUUAGUAAGAGGAUAACGGAAGCGUAUCGAAGGCGGCAGACUCAGCGAACACGUCAAGAUACAUCGAGGAGGACGACCACAAGCAGCCGUUCUAGUCGUGCAGACACAGCACCACUCGGCCAAAGACCGCUUGUUGUGGACAGAUCACGAGCUAGUAGCAGGCAGAGGGCCAAUUCCGAGAACACGCGGAACUCGAACUCGGCAAGUCAGCUGGAAAACAGGACCCGACGACCGCCAAUCACCGCCACACAUCUUGACGUACGUGACGGGCCUGAGCGGCGCAGGAGACGGACUUCUAGCGGAGCCCGUAGUGCAACAGAACCUACCGUACGGUCCUGGGCAGGAGAGACACAACCAGCCGCGCGAUCGCAAACUGAUCUGACUCUGCGCGCCCGGGCCUCUGAUGCCGAGGUGAGGCGCCCAUCGGCUGGUGACAGAAGCUCCAGCUUGCCGACGGCUGCCAUGAGAGAUCAGGUGCCAGUCGGCCUGGGCCUGUCAUUCGGCGAGCGAACUAUUUCAUCGACCCAGCUCUCCUCGUCUGUGACGAUCGACACAUCCGUGGCGGACCAUGGAAGUCCAAACACGAGACAGCGGCCGCCCAGUGUGGUAGUCUCGCCUCAAAACCCGCUACCUAGUCUCGGCGCGCCCAUGUCACCGAUUGGUCAUCACCGCACGCGGUCGCAUUUCUAUCAUGAACCUUCAAUCACGUGCUCUCGGUGCGGCAAGGGCCAUAUUGAGUACGACCUUCACUACAAUUGUGCACGCUGCAGAGGUGGAGAGUGGAACAUCUGUCUCGAUUGUUAUCGCGCAGGCAAGGGAUGCCUACACUGGUUCGGUUUUGGCUAUUCAGCAUUCAAGAAAUGGGAGAGAGCACGUGCAAAUGGCAAUCCUGAUCUGGAAGACCCGCACAUGCUAACCUCGAGCCGUUAUAUUGCGCCUAAAAUAAUACCAGGAGGUGCAGAGGGUCGCCGGACAAUGACUACUGAUGACCCUUUGAGAAGGCUUCAGAGCGGAAUGUUCUGCGCCGGUUGUCUAGCCUGGACCAACGAAUGCUACUGGCGAUGUGAAGAAUGCAACGAUGGCGAUUGGGGCUUCUGUAACAGAUGCGUCAAUGAAGGUCGAAGUUGUACGCAUCCAUUGCUGCCGCUGACCUGGGUAUCACCAUCGAAUGGCCCGAGUCCUCCCCCCAGUCCUCGGAUACCCAACCCACCAGCAGCGGCGAGCCUCUACAAAGGGCCCCAGGCCAUGACCUUGGGCAACUUUCGCCCGUUGAGUUUUCGAACAGCCUGUAGCGUGUGUAGGGCGUCUUUAGAACCUUCACAGAGCAGGUGCCACUGUUACACAUGUCCUAGUCCAGUCAUGUCUGCAAGCAGCACAGUGGCUGAAGCACAACCAGGAGAAUACGAAGUCUGCAUGGACUGUUAUCGUAAACUGGAAAGCGACAGGCUUAUAUCAGCGGAAAACGGCCUUUUGGGCUGGCGACGCUGCCUCAACGGCCACCGCAUGGUUAUUAUUAACUACCAGGUCGCUGGUGGCGGAGAACGGCGAAAUAUUGUACAUGAUCUUGUUGGCGGUUGGGACUUUCACAUGCAGCCUCUUACACCGACGCUGUCUGCACAACCCAUUCCGGGAUUAAUGAAAUGGAGUUGGCCUGGCCCCAAUGGAACCAAGUGCGAAAGACUUGUCACGGAUGUUGUCGGCACCACGGCACCCAUCACCGGCCCCUGGACAGAAGCAUUCCCUCCUGAAGGUGGUUCGGGCCUCCGAGCAACAGCACACUGGGCUUGGUAUCCGGGCACCGGCGCCACUGACGAGUUAAUGUUUCCGAAAGGAGCCGAGAUUCUGGAGAUUGAAGACGUGAAUGGGGAGUGGUUUUUUGGUUGUUACAUGGGCGCAAAAGGCUUGUUUCCAGCACCGUAUGUCCGGGUGAUUGCGACUCAAUGA